AUGUCUUUAGUCAGCUUAUUGCCUUUUAUCAGUGCAUUGUUAAUUGUUUUUGCCAUUUCCAUGUUAUCCUGGGUAUCUUCGCGGAAUUUAGUUUAUUUUACAUUGAAAUUGUGCUCAGAAUGAUGUUUGUUUUUCUUUAGACGGAUGUCAACAUGAGUGGAAUAUUUGAAUUGAGAAAACAACGGGUUUUAGAGGUGUUCUUCACUGGUGGAGAUCUUCAGUUCACGCAAGAUGGAGAUACCUUAUUCUCAACCUGUGGAAACAUUUUGAAGGCUCUGAAUGUUGAAGAUGGAAGUGAGCGGUAUGGUUUUUGAAUCGGUUACGUUUUUCUUGAGUUUAGGAUACAAUCUUACUGGUUUUCAACGGAUCAUUUACCUAGUAUGAAAUAAAAAUGCCUUAAACUUUUAGAUUCUCGAUUGGAGACGAAGAAGAUCCUGCUAAGAUCACGAGUUUUAAGCUGUUUGACGACGACAAACAGCUUGUGGUCGCGUAUUCGAACGAUGUCAUCAAGAAAUUCAGAUUUAUCAAGCCAGAUGCCCCUUCUUUAGUCCAUCAAUUCAGAACAACACAUAAUGGUCCGGUAAUGGUCUGUGCGGUUCAAGGGUCCAUUCUUCUCACUGGUUCCUCUGAUUUUACCACGAAAGUUUGGAAUCUCCAAUUGAAUGUUUGCACGCACACUUUGAAAGGGCCUUCGAUUGUAUCUGCAAUUGAAUUUUUGGACGAAGAAAAAGUCCUUGUUGGUUAUGGAGAAGGUCAAGUGAGGAUGUUUGAUAUUAGUGAAAGAGGUGGGAAGCAUGUCAAAGGUUGGACUAACCAUUCAAGGUAAAAUUUGUCAUGAAUAAUAUAAGUUAUCCCGAAAAUUAGAAGUUUAAUGGAUUUUUUUCAGUCGAAUCACUUCUAUUAUCAAGAAGAAGUCAGAAGGACAGAACCUGGCUCUCAUUUUAAGUCGAGAUCAGACUAUGACCAAGAUUGAUAUUGAAUCUGGGCAAGCAUCCAAUCUCCUCCCACUUUUCGAGCCAAUUGAAUCCGCAGUUUAUGUAAAAAAGAUUGAUACAUUGCUCACAAUUGGCACUGAAGGUAUCUUGAAGUUUUGGCAUCCUACGAAAGCAGUUUUGCAAGCUCAAUAUCGGAUUACAACGUAAGAUUUUUAUUUUUUUUCUUCUGAAUUUAGGUAAAUCAUCUGGAAAAUAAAGAAACAAUGAUUUCAGUAAAUCGUUGGAGUCUAUCUUGUACAACAAGAAGAGAAAUCAACUUCUGAUGGCUUCGGAAGAUCAGAAUUUACUAUUUUUUGACCUUGAAACGAAGAAAUUGGUCAAGACCCUGAGUGGAUCUAAUGAUGAAAUUCUGGAUGUUAAAUACGUCUCAAGAGAAACAAAUUUGAUUGCUGUUGCUACAAACUCGCCUCAACUGAGGUUAUACGACUUGGGCGACUUUAAUUGCACUCUGGCUGAAGGUAAGGAUCUUUUUUGAGUUUUUUUUGGUUUAGGUCAUGUGUAAUAUAUUGGAAGUCAAAAUUUGAAGUUUUCUGGAGUCAGAUGGCAAUAUGUUUGCUUUUCAGGGCAUACUGAUACUAUCAUGUCGGUCGACGCGCCAUCUUGGGAUUCAAAUUUGCUGGCUUCGGCUUCAAAAGGCAACUCGACGAUUAUUUGGAAGGUCCGUUCGAAAGAAGAUGCGAAAGAGAAUAAAAAGCCGCGAAUUGAAAAGAUUGCCAGCGCUACUGGCCAUACAAAUAGUGUAACUGGUGUGAGGUUUAGUUCCCACAAGAACAACGCCUUCUGUGUUACGGUUUCCAACGACUCAACACUCAAAUUGUGGGCUCUGAAAGGAAUUUUCGGCAAGAAGAAAGAAUCGUGAGUAAAAGUUUGAGUAUUAUUUUUGAAAGUUUAGGAUUGUGAAACUAACUGCUGACUCGACAAUAGUGGCACAUCAGAAGGAUAUCACGGCGGUUGAGGUCAGUCAAAAUGAUCAACUUUGUGCCACAGGUUCCUUGGAUAAAACUGUAAAAUUAUGGCAUGUGGACAAAGAAACAAUGAAGUUUGGAAUUGCUGGCACUCUUUCCGGACAUCGAAGAGGAGUGUGGGCUGUCAAAUUUGCAAAAACAACGCAGGUGAGUUAUACUGGAAGAGAAAUUUAUGAUUUUUAGAGCAAAAGUUAUAUUGUUUUAGAUUUUUCAUAGAAAAAAAAUCAAAAUUUUGAAGGAAAAUUUGGAUUUUUGAUGAAUUUUUUAGAUGGCUUGGACUUAAAAUUAUAUUUUUUGUUAAAUUUUUAAUCGAAAUUUAUAUUAAUUUACGUCUAAUUUUCUCAAUUUUUCAGAGUGUUUUGACUGGAAGCGGUGACUACACGCUGAAACUUUUCUCCCUCCUUGAUCUCUCAUGUCAACGAACCUUUGAAGGCCACACUUUUGCAGUCCUAACAGUAUCUUUUAUCAAAAAUGAACAACAAAUUUUGAGCUGUGAUUCAAAUGGAUUACUAAAAGUUUGGGAUACGAAGACCGGAGUAUGUGAGAAGACGGAGGAAAUACAUACGGAUAAAGUCUGGGCGAUUGAGUCGAUUCCCCCAUCGCCGGAAGCUUUGGAAGCCUUGGAUUUAAGGAAAAGAGAGGAUUUGGAGAAAGGUGGAGAUGGAAAUGUGGAAUUGAGGCAAGUUUUUUCGAUUAUUUUGUUGGUUUUUAGGUUGAAUGAUGAGAAUUUUGGAGUUUGGAUCCUUGAUUUGGCCAGGAAAUGGGUUUUACGACCUUAUUUUCGGCAUAAACUUGUAUCUCAGCCCCUAUUUUAGAAAAAAAUUUGAUGUCAUCCACUAAUUUUCCUCUUUUUCAGACCAGAGGAAUAUGAAAGAUACGUCUCCGUGGGCUCGGACGGGAAAAUAAUUGUCUGGGCCGAUGUUACCGACGAAAUUGCCGCAGAAAAUGCCCGAAAAGAAGCCGAAAGAAGAGCGCAAAUCCAAACCUUGGAGAACUUCCUAAGGCUAGAAAAGUUUUCAGAAGCCCUGAAGUUGACUUUGGACUUGGAUCAUCCAUUCCAAUGCUACAAAGUGCUCAAUAAAAUUAUUGAAAAAGGAAAGGAACAGCUGGAGCCGUUGAUUGCAGAAUUGAAUGAUGAUAACAGGUCAAAGUUGAUUGAAUUUGCAACUCAGUGGAAUACAAACACUAGGAGUUAUCAGGUAAAGAAGUGGGGGAUUGGUUUUGGAGGGGAUUUUAAGGCUUUUUUGUGGUAAAAUGGGUAAAUUUAUAUAAUUUUAGAUGAUUUUUAUGAUUUUUGGUCGUUUUCACUCGAAUUUUGUUGGAUUUUCUGUUGUUUCCAAGAAGUUUAGACUGUCUUAUUGUAUUUUCUUUACAUUAAAAUUUCCGUAAACUUUUAUUUUUGCAAAAAAAUCAUCAAAUUUUCCCCUUUCAGACGGCUCAAAUCGCCCUCAACGCAAUUUUCCGAACAGUCCCAAGAAAACAGCUCGAAACACUUCCCAAUUUCACAACUCAACUUGAAGCCCUUCUACCAUAUACGAGAAGGCAUUUCGAACGCCUCCAGACCAUGAAGGAAAAUGUUUCAUUCGUCAAUUACAUCACCAGCAGGAUGAGCGCUCUCUGA